CUCCAGAAGAGACCAAAAGAAGUUUUUUUUUUUUUUGAAGUGAGCACGACGAUGACUUAGCCAGCAUCGGCUGCCAUAUUCGUCUCCUCCAAUAAUUUACUCUCACUAAACACUUCUAUCUCCCUCUCUCUCUUUCUGUCACUGGGUUGGGAGAAAAUGGCUCCGGUGGGAGUUUUGGUGGGAAGCGGAGGGCCGGUGAAGGACUUCGGCGGCAAGAUAACGAGCUCCGUUGUGGUCACUUGCGUCGUUGCCGCCUCCAGCGGCCUCAUUUUUGGAUAUGACAUUGGGAUUUCAGGUGGCGUCACAACAAUGGAGUCAUUCCUGAAGAAGUUCUUCCCGUCAGUUUUGCGGAAGGCGGCAGCGGCGGAGACCAACAUAUACUGUCAAUACGACAGCCAACUCCUGACGGCAUUCACUUCCUCGCUUUACAUUGCAGGAUUAGCCGCAUCACUUGUAGCCAGCCGCGUCACCGCCGCCCUCGGCCGCAAGAACACGAUGGUGCUCGGCGGCCUCACUUUCCUCGCCGGCGGCGCGGUCAACGGCGGGGCUGUCAACGUCGCCAUGCUCAUCCUGGGCCGCAUCUUGCUCGGCAUCGGAGUCGGCUUCACUAACCAAGUGGCACCGGCGAAAUGGAGAGGAGCAUUCAACACAGGUUUCCAGUUCUUCAUCGGCAUCGGCGUCGUAGCCGCCAACUUCAUAAACUUCUUCCUGUCAAAGCACCCGUGGGGCUGGCGACUCUCCCUGGGCCUCGCCGUCGUCCCCGCCGCCGUCAUGACCGCCGGCGCCGCACUCAUCUCCGACACGCCCAGCAGCCUGGUGGAGCGCGGCCGGCUGCGGGAGGCCAAGCAGUCCCUGGCCCGAAUCCGCGGGGCCAAUGCCGACGUGGAGGGCGAGCUGGACGACCUGGUCAAAUCCGUCGACGUGGCGAAGGCGGCCAAUCAGGAGCCGUUCGUGACGAUACUGGAGCGGCGGUACCGGCCCCACCUGGUGAUGGCGGUCUUGAUCCCGUUCUUCCAGCAGGUGACGGGGAUUAAUAUAAUCGCGUUUUACGCCCCCGUUCUGUUUCAGUCGGUCGGGUUCGGGAAGGACUCGGCGCUGAUCGGGUCGACGAUUUUGGGAGUGGUGAAUCUCGGGGCGAUUCUGGUUUCCACGGCCGUGGUUGAUCGUUAUGGCAGGAGGUUCUUGUUCAUGGCUGGUGGCCUCCAAAUGCUCAUUUGCAAGCUGGCGGUGGCAGCCGUGCUGGUCGCCGGGACGGGAGUUUCAGGGACGGAGCACAUGAGCAAAGCACUGGCCGUCGCCGUGCUGGUCUUGCUGUGCACCUACGGCGCCGGGUUCGGGUGGUCGUGGGGCCCGCUCAGCUGGCUGAUCCCCAGUGAGAUCUUCCCGAUCAAGAUCAGGACGACGGGGCAGAGCAUAAGCCUGGCCGUGAAUUUCGCCACCACUUUCGUGCUGUCGCAGACUUUCCUGACCAUGCUGUGCCAUCUCAAGUACGGCGCCUUCCUGUUCUACGCCGGCUGGAUUGCCACCAUGACGCUCUUCGUCGUGUGUUUCUUGCCGGAGACGAAAGGGAUUCCGCUUGACUCGAUGCAGGGGAUUUGGGAGCAGCACUGGUAUUGGCGCCGGUUUGUUGCGACGACGACGACUACCUGAGUAGUAGUAAUAGUACUGUUUCUGACAACAGAGUGUGUUCUACCAGAGAAUGGAAUCAUUGUAUGUAUUGAGAUUUGAGAUACAUAAUAAUGUAUAGCAUUGAGAUAGUACUAUUGGCGCUUGUGAUUUGUGGUAGAUGAAUGACACAUAAUGGUGUAUUACAUAUGUAUAGAAAUGCUUAGUAAAUCAAUUAGCUAAAUCUUAUUUUUCAAA